CAAGGGAAGGACGCGUUCCUUCGCCGGCAAGGAAUCGAAUCGAAUCCGUUCCAGAAAGCGGCCCCGCCUCCCCUACCCGACCCUCAACCCUUUCUUCUCCUGCAGGGAAACUCGAAGGAGUCCUGGAAGCUUCUCUUUCUUCAAUUUGCUUCCAGCACCGGCCGCACCGCCAUCCCGAUCUCGAUCAACAGGUCAAAACCAUCGCCACCACCACCACCAUCGAUUGAUUGUCUGCGAGGAAGCCGGGUUGCCUUGGAUCCGACCAUGUACGGCUCUAACUCAAGCCACCUCACGGUUCAGUUCCUAAACGGCGUCCUGUCGCAGCGCGGCCCUUCCUCCCUGCCAUACAGCGAGGACCUGAAAUGGUACAUCCGGCAACACCUCGUCAACCUGGUUCAGGAGUACCCCAGCCUCCAGGUCAAGACGGCCGUCUUCGCCCACAACGACGGCAGGACGGCCAACCUCCUUCAGACCGAGGGCACGAUACCCAUAGCCUACCAGCGAGUCACCUACAACAUUCCGGUCGUCAUCUGGCUCCUGGAGUCAUACCCUCGUCAGCCCCCCUGCGUCUUCGUGAACCCCACCAGGGACAUGAUCAUCCGCCGUGCCCACCCGCUCGUGAACCCCUCCGGCGUGGUCUCCGUUCCGUACCUCCACCAUUGGGUCUUCCCCAGUUCGAAUCUCAUCGAAUUGUCCAAGAACAUGAGCGAUCUGUUCUCUCGCGACCCUCCCCUCUAUACCAAGCAGCCUUCCGCGGCUUCAGGUCACAGGGUUCAUAGUCCUACCCGUGGAUCUUCGUCUUCUGCAGCGGCCGGACCUUCGCCGUCGCCUCCUCCUCCAGCCCCAUCUGCUUCUUCUUCAUCCUCAUCCUCUUCUUCUGUAUGGAGCCAUCAGGCCGGUGGGGGCCGCCCGGGUGCUGGUGGUGUCCUCAAUCGGCUUAUGUCGCCUUAUGGCCGCAUGAUGCCGCCGUCGCCAGGGUCGCCGCAACGGCCACCGCCCGCCACGGAAGAUCCGUCUGAAGUUUUUAAGAGGAAUGCGACCAAUAAGCUUCUGGAGAUGCUGCAUUCUGAUACUGUUGCUCUGAGGAAGGCCAGAGAGGCAGAAAUGGAUUCUCUCUUCAAUUUGCAGGGGGCGUUGAGGAAGCGAGAGGGGCAGCUCGAUAAGGGAUUGAAGGAGAUGGUGGAUGAGAAGGAGGCAUUGGAGCAGUUGCUGCAGGUGGUGCUGAUGAAUUCAGAUAUUCUUGAAGGGUGGGUGAAGGAAAAUGGCAACAAGAAGAAGUCGGAUAUUGAUAUCGACGACGUUUUUGAGCCCGCGGAUCCUCUCUCCAGACAGAUUCUGGAUUGUGCUUCUGCCGAUUUCUCCAUUGAAGAUACUAUCUAUGCGUUGGACAAGGCCUUUCAGCAAGGCGUCAUCCCUUUUGAUGCUUACAUGAGGAACAUAAGAGCGCUCUCUCGUGAGCAAUUCUUUCAACGGGCGAUGUCAGCGAAAGUGAAAGCAGCGCGGUUGCAGGCUCAAGUAGCCAGUAUGGCUUCUAGAGCUUCUCCAUACGGCGUCUGAAUCAAAGAUUUGAAAAUUUGGUUGCCAGCUCUUUGAGUGCAGUAUCAGGCGACUUGAUUGGUUUCAAGUGCGCCAUUCAUACAAGGAACAAAUGAAUAUCUGCUGUCAUAUUGGUACCACUGGGGUGUCAGAAUUUACAAAAGAAAUGAAUUGGAGCAAUGAGGGGAAACCAUUUGGUUGCUUCUCUGAGAAUUCAUCUUGGGGCAUCUUCAAAGUCGACAGUGGAGGUAACUGACACGCUUUUCAAGUGCCCAUUUGCCAUAGUGGUACAUUUCUUUGGGAAGUUAACGAGGAUUAUGUCAUAGAAGGUUGUGGUACUUUAUUUUCAACUGGGGGAAAAGAAAGAGACGUGGAGGGCAUGAUAUGCUCAGCACGUGACCUGUAAUAGAACACUCAGAAGAAAGGCAUGGUGUCAGUAAAGGUUCUACUAGGAUGUUUGGGAUAUUUGAGAUUUAGCUUUUGGGUUUGGGGCUUGGUCACCGAAGUUGUAGAUUCACGAGAACAAAAGCGUAAACAGACCAGACAAAUGCCCUCGCUUUUCAUCCCUAAAUAAGUAGGCUUGGGGCCUAAACAAAUGAAUAUGCUGUGUAGUUUUGUUAUCCUUCUCGUACGUGAAAAUGAAACAAGUAUCUUUGUUUGGCA